AUGUUAUUACCAGCAUCGAUAAAAUAUCCAUCAACUAAGAUUUUAACUUAAAAAUGUGGAGGCAUAUUAGUAACUGUAUACAUUUAUCUAGCAUUUGUAGAUCCUACAUAUGAGUAUUAGAAACUAUUAGUAACACAACCUGCUAUUUGAGUGA